GAAAUGCAAGCAGCUAGAAGGUUAAUUUCUCUUCGUGAAAAUAAGAUUUUGCUGGAAAACAAUGCUCAGUUGAUUUCUUUAAAAAGUUCAAGGCAUCUUCACAUUUGGUUUCCGGAUGCUAAAUUUACGAGAAUGUUCAAGGCAAUUGGUUCUACUCCAAGAGCAGCACAUCAAAGUCUUUUUCGUGAAGCCGGUUCCGUUGAACGUAUGGAUCCAGACGAUUUAGCCAAUCCUAAAGAAGUGUUGGAAGCAAUCGAUAGAAUGAAUACCUCCACAUUUGAUGGAAAUUUUGGCUAUCCCAGAGAGAAGAAGAUUGACAAUAUGAUUUUAAAUUUUGGCCCAAACCAUCCGGCAGCUCACGGCGUUCUUCGACUUAUUUUGAAAUUGGAAGGAGAGGUAGUUAUCAAAGCAGUUCCACACAUUGGACUUUUGCAUCGUGCAACAGAAAAAUUGAUUGAAUAUAAAACAUACACACAAGCUUUGCCUUAUUUUGAUAGAUUGGAUUAUGUUAGCAUGAUGUGUAAUGAACAGGCCUGGUCUUUAGCUGUCGAAAAAUUGUUGGGAAUUGAUAUUCCGCCGAGAGCUAAAUGGAUUAGAACCCUAUUUGCUGAACUAACUCGAAUUCAAAAUCACAUUAUGGGAAUUACUACACACGCUUUGGAUGUUGGUGCAAUGACCCCCUUCUUUUGGAUGUUUGAGGAACGUGAAAAAUUAUUUGAAUUUAGUGAGCGUGCAAGUGGGGCAAGAAUGCAUGCAAAUUAUAUUCGGCCUGGAGGAGUUGCCUGGGAUAUUCCUCUUGGACUUUUGGAUGAUAUUUAUGAUUGGUGUGUAAAAUUCCCUUCGCGGAUUGAUGAACUUGAAGAUGUUUUGACAGAGAAUAGAAUAUGGAAGAAGAGAACAAAGGAUAUUGGGAUUGUUAAAGCUUCUGACGCUCUGAAUUGGGGCUUUUCUGGUGUUAUGUUGAGAGGUUCUGGUAUAAAAUGGGAUCUUAGAAAGACGCAGCCUUAUGAUGCUUAUUCUCAAGUUGAAUUUGAUGUUCCUGUUGGUACGCAGGGUGAUUGUUAUGAUAGAUAUUUGUGUCGUUUAAUGGAAAUGCGUGAAAGUCUUCGAAUUAUUCUUCAAUGUUUAAAUAAAAUGCCUAGAGGGGAAGUUAAGGUGGAUGAUCAAAAGAUUAUGCCUCCGAAUCGAGCAGAAAUGAAGGAAAGUAUGGAAGCAUUAAUUCACCAUUUCAAAUUCUUUACUGAAGGAUUUCAAGUUCCGCCUGGUCAUGUUUAUGUUCCUACAGAGGCGCCUAAAGGGGAAUUUGGUGUUUAUUUAGUGGCUGAUGGAACGAGCAAACCUUAUAGAUGCUUUAUUCGUGCUCCAGGAUUUGCACAUUUGGCAAAAAUUCAUGAUAUUAGUUAUAUGCAUUUAAUUCCUGAUUUGGUAGCUAUAAUUGGAACGUUGGAUGUUGUUUUUGGAGAAAUUGAUAGAUAA